AUGGUACCAAAGAAAGCAACCUGGCUUUGGGUAAUUCCCAGCUUAUUGGAGACUUUCGUCAUAGGUGCUCCAACUACCGGAGCUCAAUACGUGCUGCAGGCAAACCAUGACAAUAGCCAGUCUACGUCGCAGCGCAAGUUGCACGGCAGAUUUCUACAUAUUACAGAUCUACACCCAGACGAAUACUACAAAGUCCACACAUCUACCGAGGAGAAUAUCGCAUGUCACCGAGGCCAAGGCCCGGCUGGCACCUAUGGCGCAGAAACUUCUGACUGCGAUUCUCCGCUGGCGUUGGUUAACGCGACACUCAAUUGGGUUGCCUCCAACCUAAAGGACGAGAUUGACUUCGUAGUUUGGACUGGCGACUCAGCUCGCCAUGACAGCGAUGAGGAAAUACCCCGCCAUAACAAAGAAAUCCUAGCCAUGAACCAAAGGAUUGCCGACGCAUUUGUGACCACAUUUUCAGACGAUAAGGGGCUAGUAGUUCCAGUCGUCCCAACUUUCGGCAACAAUGACAUAUACCCUCACAAUAUAUUAUUACCAGGUCCGAACAAGAUUUUGAAGACUUAUACCGAUGUCUGGCAGAAUUUCAUUCCAGAAGCGCAGCGACACUCAUUUGAGUAUGGCGGCUGGUUUUAUGUUGAAGUCAUCCCGAACAAGCUGGCCGUCUUUAGUCUUAAUACCCUAUACUUCUUCGAUCGUAAUGCGGGGGUCGAUGAUUGUGCACAUCCAAGCGAGCCCGGAUACAAGCACUUUGAGUGGCUGCGAAUUCAAUUGCAGUUCAUGCGAGAGCGCGGGAUGAAAGCUAUUCUCAUAGGCCAUGUUCCUCCUGCUAGGACUUCCGGCAAGCAACUAUGGGACGAAACCUGCUGGCAGAAAUACACCCUCUGGUUGCAGCAGUAUCGCGACGUCGUUACCGGCUCUCUAUAUGGACACAUGAACAUAGAUCAUUUCCUACUUCAAGAUACCAAGGAUAUCGAUUUUUCCUUUAUCGAAAGCGAGCCCAACAAACGAGCAAGUAUUCGCGAGACCAUGGAAGAUGAGGUUUCGAUGGAAUCUAGUAAAGAUUAUCUCAUAGAAUUGCGUGACGACUGGUCUAAAUUGCCAAACCCAGUUCAAGGCCGGGACCUUGAAGAAUCUGGGAAGAAAAAGAAGAAGGGCAAGAAAGGCAAGGGCGGGAAGAGCAAGAUGGGCGGGCCUUUCGCGGAGCGAUACCAACUGACUCUCAUAAGCCCCAGCGUUGUCCCGAAUUAUUUCCCGAGUCUCCGUGUUUUCGAAUACAAUAUAACUGGCCUUGAGGAUACUCUAACAUGGGUAGACACGUUGCGCACUUCUGGUGCUCAAGCCUUUUCUCCUGGUCCGGAGGAAUGGCAUGAACUGGAGCUCCGUGACGAACCUAAACUAGAGAUCGAGAAGAAGAAAAAGAAAGGCAAGGGGAAUGGUGGCAAGAAACCAAACGACCCCAAAGUCCCUAUCCCAGACGCACCAGCCAAGGGAACGCCUCCGGGCCCCGCAUACUUCCCCCAGCCUUUGACGCUCAAAGGCUUCACCCAAUACUACGCAAACCUGACGUAUCUCAACAACGACAUCGCCGCGGACGACGGCGACGACGAGGUGUCGUCUUGGAGCUGGAACGCGGGCAAGCACUGGAACAAGAAGCCCAAGCACGCCAAGCCGAAGCCAAGGGAGUUUGCCUACGCGGUCGAAUAUACCACCUUCGACGACAAGAUCUACAAGUUGAAGGACUUGACAGUUAGGAGCUUGCUGAAGCUCGCGCAUAGGAUUGGUCAGACCUCGGGUAAUUCUAAUGGGCUUGUUGGCGAGGAGUCUGAGCGCGAUUAUAACGACGAUGAAUACGAAGUUGAUGAAGUGAAGGAAGACGGUGAUGAGUCUGAUAGAGAAGAAGAGGAGGAGGAGGAUGAGGGAUCAGAUACCGACCUUGAAAUCGAGAAGAAAAAGAAGGGCAAGGACAAGAAGAAGCACCGCAAGGGUCACAAGAAGAGAAAGGAUACCAAGGUGUGGCUGCACUUCCUUAGACAUGCGUUUGUCAGCACGAAAAGCACAGACGAGCUAAAGGAUCUUGAAUAA